AUGAAGUGUGGGAUCUGUCAUGAGAAUGAAGCUCAAUACAGGUGCCCCAAAUGUUCCAUUCGCUACUGUUCUUUACCAUGUUAUAAGGACAAGGAAAGACAUAAGCAUGAUGAGCUAGAAGUAUCUAAAGAUAUUGUUGUGGAGAAGAAUACCAAUGGUAAAAAAGAACCGGCCGCCUUAGCCACCCCCCAUUUCAAUGAAAUGCUUCAGAAUAACAGUAGGUUGAGGGAACUGCUUCAGCAUAAUACUGUAAAAUUUCAUUUGCAUCAAGUUUAUAGAAUUUUAAUGACGGGAGUAGGCGCGACGUCUGCUGAAAAUGACUUACAGAUGAGCCAAGAGAUAAAAGAACGGCUAGCCGUUGACUACUUAAAUACCCUAAGGUAUGGUGGUAUACAUCACAAUGAAGCCGUGGAGGAAUUCUGUGAGAUGUGCAUAGAAAUGCUACUGGCAGUCGAUGGUGACAGCGAGGCUAAGGCGAGUUAG